AUGGCCAACAUCCACACCCCGAUCCCCAACCUCAAGCUCAACGAUGGCAACUCGAUCCCUAUGCUAGGCUACGGCACGGGCACCGCCUGGUACAAGACGGGCGACGAAAGCACACUCGACCAAGCCUGCGUCGACGCAACAAAGACGGCAAUCAAACUCGGCUACUACCACCUCGACGGCGCCGAAGUCUACAAGACCGAACCCGAACUCGGCAAAGCCAUUGCCGAGAGUGGUGUUGAACGCUCGAAGCUGUUCGUCACCACAAAAGUCCUGCCAAACAUUGCAGAUGUACCUGCUGCACUGAACACGAGUUUGAAGAAGCUGCAGUUGGAGUAUGUGGAUUUGUAUUUGAUUCAUGCGCCUUUCUUCGGCAGUCCGGAAGAGUCGCCUGAGGCGCUGCAGAAGGCAUGGAAGGCUAUGGAGGAGGUCAAAGAGGCUGGCUUGACAAAGAGCAUCGGUGUCUCCAACUUUUUGCCUCAGCAUCUGGAUGCUAUUCUGCAGACUGCGAGGAUCCCGCCUGCUAUCAACCAGAUCGAGUUCAACGCUUACUUGCAGCAUCCCGAGUUGCUCAAGUACCACAAGGAAAAGGGUAUCGCGACUGAAGCUUAUGGUCCCCUGACUCCGGCUACAAAGGCUGCUCCUGGUCCUCUGGACAAUGUGCUUGCUGGGCUGAGCAAAAAGUACGCUGUUAGCCCUGGAGAGAUUUGCUUGAGAUACUGCAUUGAUCAGGAUAUUGUGCCCAUCACGACCAGCAGCAAGGAACAGAGGUUGAGCGAUUACUUGAGAGCAAUGACGUUCAAGCUUACGCCCAGAGAGGUCAACGAUCUCAACGAGGCUGGCUCGCAAAAGCACUUUAGAGGCUUUUGGAACCACAAGUUUGCCGCCGAUGACAGAAGGUAG